GGUUUUUCUUCUGGAAGUCGGAAGCUUUCGUCUCCGUUUCCUCACCUGAAAGAUUCAUAAAUACUUCCAAAUCCAACCUAACAAUCUUCAAUUUCGCUAUUUUUUCCGAUCGGAUAUAAGUUUUGCACAGGGAGAGAUUCAGCUACGAAGAGGGCGCAGAUUAGGAGGAGAUGGAUUUCGAGCUUAGAAUGGCGAGAGAGAAGCUCGAGAAAGAGCAGAAGGAAAGGAAGGAGAUGGCUAGACGAAAAGUGCAGAGGGAAAGGAAAGCUAAAGAAGAGGCAAGAAAGCAACGAGAAGCCAUUGAAGCGGCUCAACUUUCAAGACGUCUCGAUGCUGCCGAGGCCCGAAUUAAGGCUGAUCAAAUAAUGGAGGAAUCCUUGCUUGCGGGAAGAGGAAUUACCUUUUACCGUGUUUUAGAAGCUAUACCUUAUGAGGGUAAUGGAGACAAGAUCAAGUUGCCCCCUUCUGGUUUCACAGAAUUGUCUGAUCAAGGUGCUUUUGAUAAGGGGCCUGUGUACUUCCAACUAUCAGUAGUACAUCAAGGUCCUUCUGACUCGGACAUCACUGAAGAAAAGACUCACAGAACCACCCGUUCUGGUGUGUUGGAGUUUACUGCAGCCGAAGGUUUUGUUGAACUGCCUCCUCAUGUUUGGCGAAAUUUAUUUCUGGACGACUCCUCAACGAAACCAUUAGUUGAAGUACGUUAUGUGUGGCUACCCAAAGGAACCUAUGCAAAGCUGCAACCAGAAGGUAUAGGAUUUUUGGACUUGCCAAAUCCCAAAGCUAUCCUUGAGACAAGUCUUCGUCAGCAUGCCACCCUUUCUCAAGGUGAUAUUCUGACUGUUGUCUAUGGGGAGCUUACAUACAAGUUAAAUGUUCUUGAGUUGAAACCAUCUUCUAGUAUAUCCGUUUUAGAAACAGAUAUUGAGGUUGACAUAGUUGGUCCUGAUUCACCCUCUGGAACCAUGGAUCAACAUGUUCUCAAGCUGCUAACUUUUAAGAAGCAGGAGUCUGGUAUGGUUGAGGAAGGGUGUUAUUCAUAUUACAAAUUCUCCAUAGACAACGAUAUAUGGGAUGUAAUUUCUUCCGGAAAUGCAAGGGUCGAAGUAAAGUUUGAAGUGGAGACUAAUGAAGGAGAUACAAACAUUUACAUUUCUAAGCAUCCUCUCAUAUUUCCUACUCAGCACCAGCAUUCUUGGUCUUCGCAUGAUAUUGGUUCAAAGGUCCUAAUCCUUAACUCUAGAGAUAAAAACUUCGGGUCUGGUACUUAUAGCAUUGGAGUCUAUGGAUUUAAGGGAACUUCAAAGUACCAAAUCACGGUGAGUAUCGAGGAUGUCACAAACCAUAAAGUGGGUAGACAGGAAGUCUCUUCAUCAACAUUUAUAGACCAGGAUACUGCAGAAUGUCGGAAUUGCAAGCAUUACAUGCCCAGUCGAACUAUAGCUUUGCAUGAAGCUUACUGCAGUAGACACAACAUUGUUUGCAAGCAUGCUGACUGUGGCGUGGUCCUUAGAGUGGAAGAGGCAAAGAAUCAUGUGCAUUGUGAUAAAUGUGGACAAGCUCUUCAGAAAAGUGAGAUGGAGAAGCACGACAAGGUGUUCCAUGUACCACUCAAAUGUGCUUGUGGAGUAGUCCUUGAGAAAGAAGAGAUGGUGCAACAUCAAGCGUUGGUUUGCCCACUGCGCCUGAUCACAUGUCAGUUCUGCGGGGACAUGGUUCAAGCUGGAAGUUCUGCUAUGGACAUCCGAGACAGACUGAGAGGGCUGUCUGAGCAUGAAAGCAUUUGUGGGUCCAGAACAGCGCCAUGUGAUUCUUGUGGACGUGCAGUGAUGUUGAAGGAGAUGGACAUCCAUCAAAUCGCUGUUCAUCAAAAGAGCUAGUUUCUGGUGCAGCCUGCAAGAGCAAUGUGAUAUCAACAUUGUCAACAUGGCAGGAGAUUAGCAGAGAUGCAAUGGAAUGGUCGAAUAAAUUGGUGAGUUUAGUAGAAAGUGUUGCAUGGUUUUAUUCUUUGAACACCCUCAGCUAGGAAUUUAAAGAUUGUUGUGGAUAUCAACAUUGGCAAUGACAUCAUGAAAUUAGUGUAUAAUAUAGUGCUUGAAAUUUAUUGUACAGUAAUGCCUGGAAGGAACCCAGCAAGAUGCAGUUUAUCUGUU